UCAAUCUUAAGUUUUUUUUUAUUUGUCAGGUAUGAUCAGUUGCGCAUCCCCCGCUGGCAUGCCGCCCGCGCAUCACUCCACGCACUCCCAAGCCUGGGGAGCACUGCUACAGCCACCCACAGUGAAAUCCGAACCGAUGGAAGACGGAAGUUUUCUGAAGGAUCAAACCAGCGGCUUCUAUUCGGAGGGCUUCCACAGCGCAUCGCCCUCCUCAUCCAGUAAGGACUCGAAUGGGCACUCCCCGCGCAGCGUCGGCAGUUCCGGAGAACCUUCGCCAUUCUACGACAACAUGUCACUUAAAGCCAAAGCUAAUCUUGGCAUGCACUUAGAGUCGUUCCGCAAUGGCUUGCCGUACAGCCUCCUCACACCCCCCGGCUUCGAGCCGCGCAAUAAUGACGGCCGCGAACCCUCACCCGGCUAUGAAACAUCUUACUCGCCAAGAAACUUGGCUCCCCCUGCACACGUGUCCACGCCUCUAGCACGUGCCGACGCUACCCCACCGAAAUCACCCCCAAGAACACCAUCAUCCCCUGAUAGGGAUCACGAUAGGAGAUCUUUCGAACGCUAUCACGACUCUGGGUAUGACGGCAUCGGACAGAAGAACGACGGCGAUGACGGCCGCGAUGGCUCCGGUGAUGAAGACUUUGAUGAUGAGCCAGGCCUUCGCGUCCCCGCAGUUAACUCACACGGAAAAGUUAAAACUUUUAAAUGCAAGCAAUGCGAAUUUGUUGCCGUUACUAAACUGAGCUUCUGGGAGCACAGCAAAGAACACAUUAAACCAGAGAAAAUGUUAUGCUGCAGAAAGUGCCCAUUUGUAACGGAAUACAAACACCAUCUUGAAUACCACAUGAGGAAUCAUUUAGGUUCCAAGCCAUUCCAGUGCACGCAGUGCUCAUACUCUUGUGUCAACAAGUCUAUGCUCAACUCUCACUUGAAGUCUCACUCCAACGUAUAUCAGUACCGUUGUGCUGACUGCAACUACGCGACAAAGUACUGCCAUUCCUUGAAGCUACACUUGCGCAAGUACCAACACAACCCUGCAAUGGUUCUUAAUCCCGACGGCACUCCUAACCCGCUGCCUAUCAUUGAUGUAUAUGGAACUCGUCGCGGGCCUAAACAGAAGCCAUUGUCAAAGAUGUUCGAUCAUCCGUCGCCGAUGAACAACAACCACCAACCCCAACAGCCCCCACCAUCGCACCCUAUCUUUGGUAACCACUUCCCGGUCAACCUACCUUACCUCCCGCCACUGCUACCUCACUCAUUCUUAUUCCCGCCGAACAACAACUAUGAACAUCGCACAUCACCUAAACUAUCAGAAAUGCCCUCUGAGAAAAGCCAUGCUAUUUCUCCUCCACCUUCACUGCUCCACCAGCGUCUUGCUUACACUGAGAGGUCCCUUGAUAAUGGCUCCACAUCACCACCCGCGAAGUCACCUGCGACAUCACCCACCAGCUUACCUCAAACACCAACAACUCCACGAGAAGAGCCGGCAGCGGCGGGCAACGAUGCUCUCGACCUCACAAAUACCAAGACGAGCGAAGCAGGUACACCUCCUCCUACCACAGAACAACCAACGCCCGUGACUCCAACCACCGCCCUCAAAAACAGGAGGAAAGGUCGAGCCUUCAAGCUGCAGCCAGCGGCCUUGCGACUGCAACACGAGGACGAGAAAACCAGGGAUAUGGAAAUUUCUGACUCCGAAUCGGAUGGUUCCGUAGAAGCUCCCGCCACCACUCAGUCGUAUUCGUGUCAAUAUUGCGACAUUACUUUUGGAGAUUUAACAAUGCAUACUAUUCACAUGGGUUUCCAUGGGUAUAAUGAUCCGUUUAUGUGUAACAAGUGUGGGGAGCGCAGCGCGGACCGCGUCGCGUUCUUCAUCCACCUGGGCCGGGCGCAGCACGCCUAGCCGAGCGGCGCGCGCUCCUAGUCAACACUUGUACAACCUUCGUGGUAAACCUCUAAAUUAUUCUAGAGUAUUUUCUUAAGGCCAAAGACUUUAUUGUAUCUAUGUAAUUGUAGCAAAAGUCAAUCGGAUUAGGUUCGACAGCAAUCUAAUCGCGAUUCACUUUUGACUCUAAACUUGUUGAAAUCGUGUUGAAUAUUUCAUUUUCUCAAUAAUUGUAAAUAGUCAUAUUUAUGCUUACCCACACGUUUUAGUCAUAGAUUGUAAUGUAUGGAAUAAGGUUGUAUGUUACCCUGUGUUUGAGUAGACAUAGACGAUGUAGUUAUGAGUGACCAAUGUAUAAACAAGACUGUAUCUCUCGAUUAAGUACAAAACAGUUUAUAAUUCGAGUUUUAGUUUAGUUUUAGCGCUAUCGUAUUAGAGUUGCAUCGGUCUUACAUCUAGGAAGUCUACAAAUUCUUAAUAGUAAUUUCGAUCCUUAGUGUGUUUUCUAAUUGUAACAGUUUCGUAACUACAUAAUAUUCAUAAUAUCAUUUAAACCUUUGCUUGAAAUACACAAAGCAUUGUUAUUAAGUCUAAAAAUAACUGGUUGUUCAGUUGUGAAGCGUUACAUAUAGAAGAACAAUUAAAUUAACAUUCUGUACAUUAUUCAAUACAACGGUGAAGUUACCUAUUAGUCAUAGCGUUAAAAUAUAUUGUAAAACAUAAAAAAUACAAUUACGAUUUAUUGUAAAUUAUAAGUAAAAACAGAGUGUAUUUAUAAUGUCCGCAAAAAGAUUUUAUUUUAUUUAUUUAUCCUUAAUGUGUAUUUAGUUUGUAUGGAAGUCGUAAUUUUGUGUAUUGUCGCAUUUUGUUUUCAAUAUCAUUUGGUAAAUUCAUAAAACUUAUGUUGCAAUAAUGACUUUGCUUCGUGGACACAAUACUGUUGUCUCAUCAAAAAAAAAACAAAGUGUCAAUAUUCUGACAUAACCGCCAUAUUGUCUACGCUGUAUUUUUUUAAUCGUCAAGUCAAAUGUCUACGACCUGUGACUUUAACUUGUCGAAUAAAAACUAUAUAUCUGUAAUAUCCAAGGUUAUGUAACAAAAAAAUAUAAUUUACGUAAAUAAAUACCAUAAUUAGAUGCAGGAAAACAAUGUAGGUAUUUAAUUUGUGAUCUUCUUCAGUUAUAACGUAUAAGUCUGUACAGUCCGAAAUUUUAAUUGUAAUAAAGAAAAAUAUGUGUAAAUUAUUGACGUAUACUUUUGUGUGCUGGAUACAUAAUAAAAUUGAAAGUUUUAUCUUAA